AUGUGGUGGAGCAUUAUCAUCCAUGAACAGAAAGUUGGGGGUGUGCUGGUGGAAUUGGGGGAUGAUGAUGGGUUCUAUGAUGUCUCUGAGGUCUCGGAGGUGGCUGCUGAAAAAGACCGACGAGGUCCAGGGAAGUGGCGGGUGGGAGUGGAGGAGGGGAUGCAUGAGACAUUGAGGGUGGCAGCUCCAGACUUAUUGGACCCUAAAUCCGCAACACACAACACCAAGCCCCGCCUCUCCUUCUCCACAAAGCCAAUCACACUGACUCCCCGGGAGGAGAGUGAGGUGGUUGCCACAGUGAUGAAAUGGAAGACAGUGUCUGCCAUCUUUCUUUUGGUGGUUCUGUACCUGGUCAUGGGAGCAGCAGUCUUCAGAGCCCUGGAGCAGCCUCAUGAGAGUGCCCAGCGUUUUGCCAUCCUGUCCCAGAAGCUGGAGUUUCUGUCCAGACACUCUUGUGUCAACCAGAGCCAGCUGGAGGAGCUGGUUAAGCAAGUCGUGUCUGCUAUCCGUUCAGGAGUAAACCCUACAGGGACCCUGAACAACAACAGCAGCCUGUGGGACCUGAGCUCCGCCUUCUUCUUUGCUGGGACUGUUAUUACAACCAUUGGUUUUGGGAACAGCUCUCCCCACACAGAAGGUGGAAAGAUCUUCUGCAUCAUCUAUGCAUUGCUAGGGAUUCCUCUGUUCGGCUUCCUUUUGGCUGGUGUAGGAGAUCAGCUCGGUACCAUAUUCGGCAAGGGCAUAGCCAGAGUGGAGAAAAUGUUUAUGCACUGGGACAUCACUCAGACAAAGAUCCGAGUCAUUUCCACCCUGCUGUUUGUGCUGUUUGGCUGCCUGCUGUUUGUGGCGCUCCCAGCUGCCAUCUUUAAACACAUCGAGGGUUGGUCUGCGCUCGAGUCCCUUUACUUUGUGGUCAUCACCCUGACUACCAUAGGAUUUGGAGACUUUGUUGCAGGUGGUUCAGAAAUAGAGUACUUACAUUACUAUAAACCAGUUGUAUGGUUCUGGAUUCUGGUGGGACUAGCCUACUUUGCUGCAAUCCUGAGCAUGAUAGGAGACUGGCUCAGAGUCAUCUCCAGGAGGACCAAGGAAGAGGUAGGAGAGAUCCGAGCUCAUGCUGCAGAGUGGACGGCUAACGUCUCCGCAGAGUUCAAAGAAACUCGGCGCCGUGUCAGUGUUGAGAUCUACGAUAAGUUCCAGCGUGCCGCCUCCAUUAAACGCAAACUGUCCUCUGAGCUGGGGUUCAACCCUGGCCCUGAACUCACUCUGCCUAAGAGGAACGUGACGGUCAACUUCAACGAUGAGCGGGAAAGGAACGAGAGGGAGGGCCUGAUGACACCUCUGGCUAGGAACGGAGGCUUGUUCAUCAACGGUUUGGACCCAGAGAGAGGAGAUAUCUCAGUCAUUGAACACCUCAAAUAG